AACAUCACAACACACCUAACCUCAAAGGUUGAAAUUUGCAACGAAGAAAAAAGUGGCGGCGAGUGCAGCGAGUGCUAAAUCCGCGCAGACGAUAAACAGUGACGAAAUUCUCAACCCGUAACCAUGUCCAACUUUGACCUGAACACGCUCACGAGUGCCCUCGGCGAGGCACCGGCCAAAACUGGCGUCACCUUCCUGGGAAAAGCACUGAAAUGGGAAACCGAAGCCGGCGCCAAGGAACUGAUCGAUGCGAUCGACGCGUGCGGCAGCCUGCAGUUUCUGAACCUGGAGGGAAACACGCUCGGCGUGGAGGCCGCCCAGGGAAUUGCCAAAGCGCUCGAAAAGCAUCCGGAACUGAAGGAAGCGCUGUGGAAGGAUUUGUUUACGGGCCGCAUGAAGACGGAGAUUCCGAUCGCGCUGAAGGCGAUGGGCCAGGGCAUGAUCACGGCCGGCGCGCAGCUGACCGUGCUGGACUGCAGCGAUAACGCACUCGGCCCAAACGGGAUGACCGGCCUCGUGGAUCUGCUCCAGAGUACGGCCUGCUACACGCUGCAGCAACUGAUGCUCAACAACUGCGGCCUCGGAAUCACGGGCGGUAAAAUGCUGUCCAAAGCGCUGCUCGCGUGCCACGCGGCCAGUUCCAAAACCGGCAAGCCCCUCCCACUUAAGGUCUUCAUCGCCGGUCGAAACCGCCUCGAGAACGACGGUGCCAAAGCGUUGGCCGAGGUGUUUGCCGCCGUCAAAACGCUCGAGCAGGUCGAGAUGCCCCAGAACGGGAUUUACCAUCCGGGGAUUACGGCCCUGUCGGAGGCCUUUAAGGUGAACGCGAAUUUGCGGAUUUUAAACCUGAACGACAACACGAUCGGACCGAAGGGGGCGGAGGCCAUCGCGGAAGCUAUUUACGAUCUGCAGUAUUUGAAGGAGAUUAACUUUGGGGAUUGUUUGCUGAAGACGAAGGGCGCGAUCUUUCUGGGGGAGGCCCUGCAGGAUGCGCACACCGGCAUUGAGGUGUUGAAUUUUGGUUACAACGAGAUUGGACCGGAAGGUGGACAUGCCAUUGUGAACGCUACGUUCAACAAGGAAAACUUGAGUUCGCUAGUGCUGGACGGGAAUCAGUUUGGACACGACUGCCGAGAGCAGCUGAAGGAGAGCUUGUCCGAGUUUGGGAGGUUGAACGCGCUGGACACUUUGGACGCGGACGAUUCCGAGGGUGAAGAGGAAGAGGACGACGAAGAUGACGAAGAAAAUGGCGAAGAGGAAGAGGAGGAGGAAAGCGAUGGAAGUGAGGGAGAUGAGACCGAAGAGGGCGCCGAGUCGGAACAGGCGGACGAAUCUACUGGGAGUGUCUAUCAGCCGGAAAUUAGGAACAUUCUUGCAGGAGAUCAGAGUGCGAACGCCAGCGCCAUUGACCUGGACCAAUCGCUGCCGAACACGGUAGAGACGUACUGCCAAACGAACUACCCCUCGGAGACGAUGUUCCACGCGCUAGAAGAAUCGGACAAAACCGAAGCGUUCCGGGAAUAUCUACGCGCCCUGUCGGGUGAGGACUACUUUGUCUACCUUGCCUUUACCAUUCUGAAGCUGUCGGAGAUUUCCGAAAAGAACUCGGAAGCUCUCCGCGUGACAGAGGCACUCUUCUCGGACGCGUACACCUUCGCCAAGGAGAACAACCGGCUUAAGAGCCUCCGGAACUUCCUGCUGAUCCAGCUGGGUCUGCUCAAGUGCGAGGACCACGCGUUCAAGCCCGGUUACAACGUGCAGGGUUGCCGCCACGCGCUCAAAAAUGCCAUCACAAAGAACAUCGUGCCCGAGGAGGAGCAAAGCUUUUUCAAGGUAUUCUUAGAACAUCGGGGUUAAGCUACUCAUUGACAUAAACAAACAUUCUUUUUAAUUUUUAUUUGCUAUUAAUUUAUAGAAACCAAAUAAACUGAUUCGCACGAGACGAGC